AUGUCACAGUCCCAACCCGGAAGUCCACCGGACAAAGACGUCUUCUCGGCUCAGGAAACUCGAAAACGUAAUAACCAGUUCGCUCGAAAGUCUACGGGUGGACAGCCCCCUCGCAAAAGAGUCAAGAGUGACGAUUCAGAAUUGGCCCUGGAGGAAAAUGAAAAGCCAUAUUUCAAGCCCACCUACGCCCGAAAGUCAACGGGCGGUAAAGCACCACCGAAGCCGCGUCUUAAUAGUUCACAACCUAGUUCGAGCAGCCAUUCCUCUCAAACGCCUCCGAUCUCUGCUUCCGCAAACGCGAAAAUGACGACCUGCGGACUUUGUUCAUAUCCACCAAUCCCUACUCCGGCUUCAUCUGACGAAAUUCCCGGCUUUACGACUCUUUGCGGCCAUUACUUCCAUUAUGGUUGUUAUAUGAACAAGCUCUUAACCACCCCCUUUGACCUCCGGAAAUGCUGUCCAACGUGUAGUCUCAUCAUGACUAGGAAUGAGGUCUACUGGGUGCAGAUUGAAUCUGGUGGUGCUUGGACGAACAUAAGUCAAGCUGUAGAAGAUAGAUUCGUCCUUGUUCGACAAGCCAAGCAGCAAAUAUUUCUCGACAUGCUCAAUGUCAGGAACCUUCCAAUUGUAAUCGCUCUGUUGGAGGACCCAGAACCCGUCGACGUAAAUCUUAUGACACGCGAGGGUUUUACAGCUUUGCAUCUGAGGGCGAUGGCUAAUGACCUCGCCGGGGUUGACUUACUUCUCCGUCAUGGAGCAAAUCGUGAAAUCAAGAGUGGGGUUGGGCUAACUGCCUUGGAAUAUGCAAAUCAAAAUAAUGCGAACCAGGUUGUUGGUCGGCUUAUGGGACCGGACUAG